UUCAAAGUGAGAGCCAACAAAACGAUGGAGUUUCUUCUCCUUUUAUCUAUGAUCACCAUUAUUCUUUUUCUCCUCCUCCGAAAAGGGAAGAAAAAUGGAGGAAUUCAUGUUCCACCAGGUCCUCCACAGCUACCCUUAAUUGGAAAUAUACACCAGCUUAACAAAUCGAUUCUCUUUCGCCAUCUAUGGGAACUCCCCAAGACAUAUGGCGCCCUCAUGUCUAUGCAACUCGGCUCUCUACCUGUUCUUGUCGUUUCCUCAGCAAAAAUGGCCAAAGAGAUCUUGAAAACACAUGAUGCUGCGUUUGCCGGCAGGCCCCCCAUGGUUAGCUUCCGGAAGCUAGAUAUCUUUACCGCUGGUACGCACACAAAUGCAAUCUCCCUAAUCUGGGCAAUGACACGGCUAGUAAAACAUCCAGAGGCCAUGAAGAGAAUUCAAGAGGAAGUAAGAAACAUUGCCGGAGAUGAAGGAGUUAUACAUGAAACUGAUCUGCAAAAUCUUCCUUAUCUAAAAGCAGUGGUGAAAGAAACAUUGAGAUUGCACCCUCCAGUUCCGUUGUUACUUCCACAUGAAACAAUUGAACCAUGCACUAUUGCCGGCUACAAAGUUCAUCCGAAAACUGUAGUUUACGUGAAUGCUUGGGCCAUUGGUAGAGAUCCCAAAUCUUGGGAGGACCCUAAAAAGUUUUUGCCUGAGAGGUUUCUUGACAAUUUUAUUGAUUUCAAAGGACAAGAUUUUGAACUAAUUCCAUUCGGCGCUGGUCGAAGAAGUUGCCCAGGUAUUCAUCUGGGAGUUGUGACUGUGGAGCUUCCACUUGCUCAUCUUAUAUGCUGCUUCAACUGGGAGCUCUACGCUGCUAGUGGGAUAAAGAAUAAUGAAGAUAUCGAUACAGAUGUGAAACCUGGAAUAUCUAUGCAGAAGAAAAUUCUGUUGCGUCUCUUCGCUAGGAAGUACGUACCAUGGUCGUAUGCUUGA